AUGUCCACUUCUCGCUCUCUCCGAUCUUCCAUAUCCCCUUUCCGUUCCCGGAAAACACCCCCACCGCCGCCGUCUUCGUCGACUGUGCCACCUAAACACCAACAUCGUCCUACCACUCCUUCAUCUACCAAUUCUUCCACGGCGUCGUUUUACAACCCCAGCACGGCAUCCACAACUUCUAUUACUCCGAUUAAAGCUAAAGAAAAUGUCACCGUUACUGUACGAUUUCGGCCUCUUAGUGCCAGGGAGAUCAGUAAAGGGGAUGAAGUAGCUUGGUAUGCUGAUGGAGACCGCACUGUCCGGAAUGAAUACAAUCCCGACAUUGCUUAUAGCUUUGAUAGAGUAUUUGGUCCUGCAACAACUACUCGCCAUGUUUAUGAUAUUGCAGCUCAGCAUGUUGUGGGUGGUGCCAUGGAAGGAAUAAAUGGUACAGUGUUUGCAUAUGGUGUUACUAGCAGUGGGAAGACUCACACAAUGCAUGGGGAGCAGAAGUCACCAGGAAUCAUACCCUUGGCAGUGAAGGAUGUGUUUGGAAUCAUACAAGAGACACCUGGACGGGAGUUUCUCCUCCGAGUCUCCUAUUUGGAAAUCUACAAUGAGGUCAUUAAUGAUUUGCUUGAUCCCACAGGGCAGAAUCUAAGAAUAAGAGAGGACUCUCAGGGUACAUAUGUGGAGGGAAUCAAAGAAGAGGUUGUUCUUUCACCUGCUCAUGCUCUUUCACUAAUAGCUUCUGGGGAAGAGCACAGGCACGUGGGUUCUAAUAACUUCAAUUUGCUCAGCAGUCGGAGCCACACUAUAUUUACCUUGACUAUUGAAAGCAGCCCACGUGAGGAAAAUUAUGGAGAAGAAGUGACGUUGUCCCAACUGCAUUUAAUUGACUUGGCAGGAUCUGAAAGUUCUAAAACAGAGACCACUGGAUUGAGGAGAAAAGAAGGUUCAUACAUAAAUAAAAGCUUACUAUCUCUUGGCACUGUGAUAUCUAAACUAACAGAUGGAAAGUCUACUCAUAUACCGUAUCGAGAUUCAAAGCUGACCCGUCUGUUGCAGUCAUCUCUUAGUGGCCAUGGUCGGGUUUCUCUUAUUUGCACAGUUACACCAGCCUCUAGCAAUACUGAAGAAACACACAACACACUUAAGUUUGCUCAUCGUAGUAAGCAUGUGGAAAUCAAGGCCUCACAAAAUAAGAUUAUUGAUGAGAAGUCAGUCAUCAAAAAGUACCAGAAAGAAAUUUCUAAUCUGAGAGAAGAGCUUCAGCAAUUAAAGCGUGGCAUGAUGGAAAACCAAAAUGUGACGUCUCCACAGCAAGAAGAUCUAGUUAAUCUGAAGCUUCAGUUGGAAGCUGGGCAGGUUAAGUUGCAAUCGAGACUGGAGGAGGAAGAACAAGCCAAAGCAGCUUUAAUGGGAAGGAUUCAGAGAUUAACUAAGCUUAUUUUGGUUUCUACCAAAAAUACAAUACAACCAACCGUCCGUCAAAAGCAUGGCCAUAGGAGGAGGCAUUCAUUUGGGGAAGAUGAGCUAGCUUACUUGCCAGAUAAAAAACGAGAGUACAUGAUUGAUGAUGAUGCUGGAAGUAUCGAUUCUGAAAUUUCAAUGGAUGGAAGGGGUGAUCUCACUAAUCUAGACGAGGUAGUCAAAGAUUACAAAAGGAACAGGAGGAGAGGGAUGCUUGGCUGGUUCAAAGUAAAAAAGCCCGAUAAUCUUGUCGGCUCAUCACCAACUGCCGAUUAUGAGUUCUCUGCUAAUGAUUCACCUGCAUCCUCAUCAAAAUCAUCCCAAAGUAGAGUUACAUUUAGUGAUAUGAAAGACGGACAGAGGAAAUCAAUCAGUAGAAGAGUCGAUGAUGGUGCUAGUGUUGAUUUUCUUCGUGAAAGAACUCAAGCUGGUGAUUUGUUCAGUGCAGCUUUUAAUGGGCGGCGUCUCCCAACAACUGGGACCACCAUCACAGAUCAAAUGGAUCUUCUCCGCGAGCAAAUAAAAAUGUUAGCUGGAGAGAUGGCGUUAUGCACUAGUUCUCUGAAACGAUUAUCAGAGCAAGCAACUAAGAAUCCCGAAGACCGACAACUUCUGGAAAACAUGCGAAAGCUGAAGGAUGAAAUAAGAGAAAAGAAGCUUCAAAUGCGUGCUCUGGAACAACGUAUGCUUGGAUCAGUAGAGAUAUCUCCACAUGGUUCAAGCAAUACUGAGAUUUCUGAGGCUCUGUCUAGCCUAGCUACUCAACUAAAUGAGAAAACUUUUGAACUUGAAAUUAAAUCAGCAGAUAACAGGGUCCUUCAGGAGCAACUACAAGCGAAGACGUUGGAAAAUGCUGAGAUGCAAGAAACCAUCUUUUUGCUAAGGCAGCAGCUUGAUUCCUUGCAAUUGGAUAAAAGUUCAAGUGCACCUCAAAGGAUUGGUAAUGAUUGGAACACAUCUCCAAGCUGCUCUAGAGAAUCUUUAAUCAAGAAAAGUGGAAGGAGGGAUGAGAUUAAUUCGUGUGAAGAAACAUCUCUCGAAGAAAAUGCACCAACUGGUGUCAUGAGCUUAAAUAGGAUAUUCAACACUGAGGAGGCCAAAGACUGCAAUAGUGAUGCAUUUUUGAAUUCUCAGCUUCUUUUGCAGGCUUCCGAGAUAGAAUCAUUGAAGCAAGAGAAGGCAAAACUUGUGGAAGAGAAGGAUGGACUAGAAGUCCACAGCCAAAAGCUAGCUGAGGAAGCUUCUUAUGCAAAAGAGCUUGCAGCAGCAGCAGCAGUUGAGCUUCGGAGUUUGGCAGAAGAGGUAACAAAGCUUUCAUACCAAAAUGCAAAACUCACUGCUGAGGUGGCUUCGAAAGACGUCCUCUGUAAAGCAAAUUGCUGUCAGAGGUCAGUUUCAAUCGAUAUGAAGCAAGCUAAAAUAAAUGGUCGAUCUGAUGCACGAUUGAGAAAGCCAGAGGACAGUUUGUCCAUGGAGGAGCUUCAGCAAGAACGAAAUGCACGAUACCAAAGAGAGGCCUCUUUGGUCAACGCAUUGUCUGAAAGAGAUAAAAUAGAAGUUGAACUGCGAAAGAAACUUGAUGAAGCAAAGAGACGGGAAGAGAAUUUAGAAAAUGAGCUUGCAAACAUGUGGGUUUUGGUUGCGAAUAUGCGCAAAUCUGGCACUAGUAUUGAGGAAGCUUCAUUUAAUGGGGUCAUUGCUUCUAAUGUUUUGAAGAAAAAAAUUACUAACGGAUUUUUGUCAUCUGAUGGAAAGUUGAUAACAAAGUUUCACGAGAAUGAGGCAAAUGAAAAUGUAGAAGAACCAAGUUCAUUUGAGGAGUUAGAAGCUCGCUAUAAUUUGGAGAGGAGAUGUAAAGAGCUUGAAAAUUUAGUUUUGAGAUUAAAGGGUGACGAUGUUUGUGGUUUGGAUACUAAUACUCUUGAAGAGCUGCAAAACUUUCAUGUAGAGGCUAUUACCAAGAUUUGCCAUGCAAAACAUUUCCUAGAGUUCCAGGAUUUUAGGUGCACUAACAACCUUGCAAAUACAAUUUCACAAAUUUCGGCUCAGAACGCAGCAGCAUAUUUUUGCUCCAAGCAGCAACUAUCAUUUUUAGAACUGGCAUAG